AUGGCUACGACGACCCCCACACCUACGACCACCACAACGACAACAACGACCACAACGACUACCCCCCCUACCACGACGACAACCCCGCCGCCGCCACCGACGACGACCACCACCACCACUACGACGACGACUACCGAAGCAGCAACGACCUCGGUGCCCGCUAGUACCUCGGCAGGAACCAGCACAUCGCAAGGUCCCUCGACCACGCAGGCAAGUGGCUAUUCAAGUCUCGAAGUUGGCGAGAUUCUCGUAGCAGGCGACAGUCAGGGAUGGCAGAGCUUUUCUUUCCAAAGGCCUUUUGCCCAGCCGCCUGUCGUUGUGGUACUACCAGUGGUGACCGACGGAGAGACAACCCCAAGAAGUGUGCGGACUAGAUCCGUGUCCACUUCAAGUUUUGAGGCUCUCGUUGUGAUACCGCCGGGUGCGACCAGCAUUCGACCGGACAUGACGGUGUCCUACAUGGCUGUACUUCCAGGAGCGCAUGUGCUGCCGGACGGCCGAAAAGUUGAGGCUGGACUCAAGGAGACAUCGGCCAGACAAGUGGGCAAAGCGUGCAAGGCUUCUGGAGUUGCUGCGAGCUGGGACAAGAUCAGCUUCAACACGCAGUUCUCCUCCGCGCCAGCCGUCGUCGCGAAUCUGCAGACCGCAAACAACGAGCAAGGUGCUGUGCCACAAUUCUUUUCCAAGCCCUGGCUUACACUGGCUUGUAAGGAUGUGUCAGCGACUGAAGUGUCCAUCGCCCUGGACUCGGCAGAGACGUCGAAAGUUGGAGACGUCACGCAGACCGAAGAAGUCGGCUACAUUGCCAUGGAGACCGGACAGGGCACUUUCGCCGCGGAGAUUGGGGGUGCCCCGGUUCUUUACAGCGCGGUCUUGACAGGAAGUGUCGUGAAGGGUCUUGACGAUGGAGCUGUGGAGGUGGCGCUGGCCACCGACAUGAUGACCGAGUCCCCGCUGGUGGUGGGAAGCCAAUCGACGCGGAACGGGGAGAACGGGGGCUGGCUCAGAAUGUCCUCCAUGUCCGGCUCCUCAGUGCAACUGGUCAUAGACGAGGAUAUCUACUGUGACAGUGAGCGCAAACACAUUGAGGAAAAAGCAAGCAUCCUCGCCUGGUCGAGGGCUUUCUCCAUGGGCUCGUCGACCCCCAUCGCCACGACCACCACAACGACCACAACGACCACUACGACGACCACUACAACAACCACAACGACCACAACGACCACAACGACCACGACGACAACGACGACAACGACUACCACGACGACCACAACAACCACGACGACCACUACGACGACCACUACAACAACCACAACAACCACGACGACCACAACGACAUCCACCACUACCACGACAACCACAACGACUCUGGCAGGGACUACAACGACAAGAACCCUGGCUGCUGCACCAAGCUUGGAAGUGGGCGAGGUGACGGUGCGAAGCGGGGAAUGGACCAGCUUUUCAUUCAGUGCAGCCUUUGCCGAAAAGCCGGUGGUUGUGAUUGCAGUCUCUGGAGAAGGUGAUGGGCCUGCAGCUAUCCGCCUGCAAGGCAUCAGUAGCACCGGCUUCCAAGCCAUCGUUGCUACGCCACCGGAGACAGGCAGCGUGGUGAGUCAGAUGACUGUCACCUUCGUGGCCAUGCCUCCAGGCAUCGCUCAGCUCCCAGGUAGUGGCCUGUGGCUGGAAGCCGGCCGCGAUGCGACCUCGAAGCUCGCAGCAGCCAAGAAGUGCCGGCCUGCAGGAGGACUUCAGACGUCCUGGCAGAAAGUGAGCUUCCAGCACGAGUUCGCAGAGAAGCCCGCUCUUCUCACAACGAUUCAGACAACGAACAACGAAGCCGGGCUGCCCUUGGACUCCAAGCCCUGGUUCACUGUGGGGGUCAACAGCGUCAAUCCUACGGAUGCUUGGGUCGCCUUGGAGAUGGCGGAGACGUCAGAGCACGGUGGCUCGAGCAUCCAGGACGAAGAGGUUGGAUGGAUCGCCGUUCAGCAAGGUGCGCACUCCUUCCUGGCUGCUACAGGUCAAACGAUUCAAUGCGCAUCUGUCUAUUCCGCACGAAGCGUGCCUGGUUGGCAAAAUGGCGGGGCCACAGUUCCACUUGGUACGGACAUCGGAAGCACGAGUCCCCUGGUGGUCGCAAGCCAAUCAAAAAGGUGGGGAGGUGACGGCGGCUGGGUACGAGUUCUGGGAGCCACCAGCUCCUCUGUUGAUGUUGCCAUCGACGAAGACAGGAACUGCGAUACUGAAAGAAAGCACACCAAAGAGGAAGUAAGCGUCGUUGCCUUCUCCGACCGGUGCAUCAUCUGA